UUAUAUUGUGAUUUCACCAUUUUCUCCCCUGAAAUUACUUUCUUCUCUCUCUCUCUCUCUCUCUCUCUCUAGAUAGAAGAUAUACAGAAACAGAUACCUGUCUCUGUGUAUCGAGUUGAUCGUUUACGAGUAAUCGGCCUCUGCAAAGGUACAUUUGUCCGUCUCCAUUAAAUGGCACCACCAUGUCAUCUCCUUGUGGGUUAGUUGGUGCCAUGUGGUGCCUCUUGGGGCUACACGUUGGCUAUUAGUGAAUCUCCACACACCUCUUCAGUUAGCUCCAAAUGACCAAGGACAGGACAAACUGAUUUCCAUUGCCAAAUCUCCUACCAUGGAUCUCCUGUAACCAAUCUCCUGUAACAAAUUUUCUUAAAGAGAUUGGCCAAAGGACUUGGCCAAACCCAAAGCAAGCUGGGAGUAUGGCCUGGACUCUCGAAUGGGAUCAUUGGAAGAUUGUGACUUGGAGGCUAGAGUCAAUAGAUUGUCAGGGUUACUUGACUCAUCCUUUGGGGCGGUCCCUUCUUGACCAGUCUUAGAGAGAGAGAGGCGUUGACCAAAGACAUUUAACAUUGUAUUGCUGUGGUAAAAAAUUCCACUCUUUGUCAGACAAAGAGGAUACGUGCACAAAAGACUCCUUGCACUGGAGUUCCCUAGGACAAGAGAUUAUGCAGUAGAGAUCCCUGUCCUGGAGAUCCUGUGGCAUAGAUCCUUGUCCUGGAGAUCCCUAGGACAGGAGAUCUUGGCACAAACAUAUGAUGGCAGGGAUCCCAAGGGGAUUAGGCCAUCUGUCCUAUAAAAGGGAGUCUCUCCGUUUAUCUUCAUCAAGCCUUCUCCAACUAUCCUUCGGCAAGAUCAGAAGUAUCUCCACUGCCAUCUCCUCUUUUUUGCUAGGGCUGCCUUGGCUCUCUCCUUCUCCACCUACAGGUCGUGUUUUUCUUACUUUUUGAGGCUUCAGAACAUAAAUUACCCUGAACAUUAAGGUGACAUAUGGGGCAUAGACAAAUGUUUAACACAGCGCAAAUGUUUGAGGCUGACAAUGAUCAGAGCUGGAAUCAUGUGCAUCCAGAGCAACCUUACUGCCAUUUGGCAAGGUCUGGAGCUGACGAAAACAGUUCUCUUGUUUAUCCUGUUGAAAAUAUGUCCAUAGAUGGCGUACAUUAUGCUUCUCACUGGAAUCCUGCUCCAAGGUCAAACGGGUUUCCUUCCUCAAGUCAUUGCAUUGAAGUGCCACAUUUUCAAACUGAUGCUUCAGGUCCAUCUCAUGAUCCUUUCCUGCUUCCAUCUGCUGCUGGAAGCUUCUCUAUGGCCCCUGAAAAUUACGCACACCAUGCCUCCUCAUCCGAUUAUGGGGGACAAAUAUUUCAUGGAGUUGAAGGUGGUUUUGUUGAUGUUACAAUGACCAAUGGAAGAGGAACAUACAAGCGAAAAAGCCCCAGUGUUCCUGCAGUCUGUGAGAGAGGCAGUUCAAGCGGAUACUAUAAUUCUGGAAAUCCGCCCGAUUUGUCCUCUGACACAUGGCAGGAAAAACCGAAUACUGAUUCUCAUCAUGCACCUUGGGAUUGCACUACCAUCGGCUCUAGUUAUAGAGGCAACAGCCUCUCGAUUGGGGGUGAGGCUACUCUGAGGAAUGUGAGAAGCAGAGCUGCAGUUGAUUUGGAAACCAAUCUGGCUAGGACCCAUUUGUCAGGCAAUCCUUCACACCAUUCAUAUACAACUGGCAACUUUGCUGAUCACUCUGGGUCAGUGGAGCUUAUGGGUCAGAGUUCUAAUAUGCCAAUACGGGACUGGAGCCAUAUUCACAUGUCUCCUGUUGCUCAUGGGAGGAUUCCACUUCCAGAUGCUAAUGUUUUCAGUCAUGAGACAAACCACUUUAUUAUAGGAAGCAGUAAUACUAGUGCUGCUGUAGAGAUUGGGGGGUUUCAUAACGAUAUGAUUUCAAGCAGAACUCCUAUACCUCAAAAUUUGCAAGGGACCUCAAACCACUCUGUGAGGGGAGUUAGAAGCAAUUAUACACAAAGAUCUGCCCCAACUUUUAGAGAAGCUUCUUCGAGCAGUUUGCACUUGGGACACACACCAGCUUCAGAUGAGGGGUUGCAGUUAGUUGCAGAAAGUUAUUCAUCCAGACAUCCAAGGCCAUUGUCCACCGUAGGAUGGCGUAACAGUGACCGAAGUGGAAGAACAAGGAUAUCAAGUGAUAGAUACCGAUCACUUUCUGAUGAGGCAGGUCUCCGUGGUAGACUGGCACCUGAGGGCCUUAUGAUUGUGGAUCGCUCAGCCUUGUAUGGGUCCAGAAAUUUGUUUGAUCAGCAUAGGGACAUGAGGCUAGACAUAGACAAUAUGAGCUAUGAGGAACUACUUGCACUAGGGGAAAGGAUCGGAAGUGUCAGCACAGGCGUGUCAGAAGAUCUGAUCUCCAAGUGUUUGACUGAAUCAAUUUAUUGUUCUUCAGAUCAAUUCCAAGAGGAAGGAAAAUGUGUAAUCUGCUUGGAGGAGUACAAGAACAUGGAUGACGUUGGGACGAUGAAAACUUGUGGUCAUGAUUUCCAUGUAGACUGCAUCAAGAAAUGGUUAGAGAUGAAGAACUUGUGUCCAAUCUGCAAAGGUUCUGCUCUUGCUGAUCACAUGAAAGAGAAAUGACAUUAUUAUUUAUUUCAGUUGAUCUAUAGUUUGGUUGGUUGGUUUCAUUCUUGUAAAUAUAAUCCCUGGAAAUUCCUCAAAUGGAGGAAGCAAGGGGGGGGACAUGUUUUAUGGAAUUUGUAAAGGGAAUGCUUGGUUAAUCUCAAUCAAUUUGUCCAAUUGCUGCAAAA